AUGCUAAGAGAGCUUGUCGACGAAGAUGACUUCUGCAGAAAGCUGAGGAUGUCCAAGGAGGAAAACUGCAAGACCGGUUUCUACUGGCUCUUUUAUACUUUAAUUCACGACCCGUCUCUGGAGAUUUUGGAGAGUCUUCUUUCUAACUACACACUGCAGGAUGUUAUAAACGGCCUCAAGCAUCUCAUUAAGUUUAAGUUCGAUAGGCUGACCAAGAAUGUCUGUGCAAACAUUCUGCUCAUAGUUAGGAUGAUGCUGGACUACGAAGAAAAUAUAGACACGCUGAUCAUAAAUCUUUUAAGGCACCACUUAGUGGACGAGGUGUAUUCUAUGUACAAAGACAAACCAAAGUACUUCAGCAAUCAUUCAAACAGCUUGGUAUUUCUGGUGUUCUUUUGUGCCCAGAGCAGUUCGAGGAGAGGUGUUUUUGGGGAUUCGAGUCUUAGCUCGCGUGACUUCAUGUUCAUGCGUGUAAAGGAGAUGCUCCAAAGCCCAAAUUCCGAAGAGUACAAGGAAAAAAGAAUGAAGAGAAAAGCCAUCCAUGUAAGCCCGGAAUAUCCAGCAUUUCCGUUCGCGUCCUAUUUUUCCUCCAGGCAGCUUUUGACAGCCCUGUUUACGCCUACGCCUUUGAAUAUCCUGUCUUCCCAGCUCUCUGCCGACUUGGAGAUGAAUGUUAUGUUCAUUUUGGAGCAUGAGGAGAACUUUGGCUUUCAUCUAGAUCUUCUCUUCAAAAACUACAUAAGGAAUGAGGAUGAUGCAUGCAGAGUUCUAAGGUUUAUAGUGAACAUUCCGUGUCCCUUGAACAUCGGAAGGGUGGUCAAUUCGCUUUUGGAUAGAUAUCCCGCAUCGUAUGUUGCGUUGGUGUACGACAUACUGUUCUGGAACCAGAAGGAAAGGCUAAAUGGAAAUUUGAUAGAAUAUCUUAGGGGAGACAACAACAAGAUUGUGGCAAAACUGACCUUCUUGCAGGAGGAGUGGGAGCCGCUGAGACUGGCGGUGGAAAGUAUUAAAAGGAAGCAGGAGCAGACGGUAGAGAACCUAGCCAGGACGAUCCACAAUCUUAAUUUCAAUAGGUAUUUUGGGUUGGUCAAAGAAAUGGAGAAGUGGGGGACACCCGUGAUUCCAAAAGAGAUGUACGAUAGAAUUAUAGCAGAGUCGUCUGAAUGGGACGGAUAUGCCCAGGUUUAUCUGUGGAAAAUAAUUGGGUUUCAAAAGAUCUAUCUAGGACUUGAAGUCGAUGCUCCCAAAAAAAUAGAAAGCCUAGAAGCGCUUGAGGGCCUUGAAAUUGUCAGGAAUCUUUCAGGUCUUAAAAAAAGGCAAUAG